ACGAAAGAUCGGUUUCGGACGCGAACGAAUCGUCACAGAACUGCGAUCCGCUUGGUACCGGYGAUACGUAGGUAACUCUAUACACGAUAAUAUAAGCGAAGUCAGUCCGACGUUUGAUUUUCCCCAUCGUUUCGAGUGCGAAUUUGAACAGWAGUUUUUUUGAACUAUCGAGUUUCGAUAUUUAAUAUAACACAAUCAUUUGCACAGGCGGCACGCGACGUGAACAUAACUUAUUACGCGCCCACAACGUUUAUAUUUUAAAAUAACGUCGAGCAAACUGUAUUAUUAUAUUGUUCUCGAUCACUGCACUGUCCCCUCGUCAAUCACAGCUCAUAGGCAAUAUAACGCUCAUCGCGCCACGCCGCCGUCAUGAUGAUGGGUCRUCAUCGGCUGGAGCUUUUAGUGGCGACACUCGCCCUGAUUACUUGCCGGGUAGCAGCCAGGAUUUUCGUCGAAGAUGAAGCGUAUUGGAUGUCAGUAGGCAAAACCGAGCUGGACGAAGCUUUGAACGUGGCGGUCAACAAAAAAGUCGCGAAAAACGUGAUUCUGUUUAUAGGCGACGGGAUGGGACCAAACACGGUAACAGCCACCAGAAUUUACAAGCACGGCGAGAGCGGACGAUUGACUUUCGAAAAGUUUCCGCACGUAGGCAUGCUUAAAACGUAUUCGGUCAACAAACAAGUGCCGGAUGCAGCAAGUUCAGCAACUGCAAUGUUCACAGGUGUAAAGGUCAAUCAGAGAACUAUUGGCCUGGACGCGAAUUACCACAUUAACGAUACAACUCAUUGUGGCAAUUCCAAUUCUCAGAGGAUAGGACUUACGUCGUUGGCCACGUGGGCGCAAGAUGCUGGGAAAAGCACCGACCACGCAAAUUUAUUAUCAAUUAAUGGAUAUCCAAAGCGAGGCAAUAAUAUUCUUGAUGUGGCAGGAACGUCCGAAACAGAUUAUGUUAAGUAUACUACAUUAACAUAUUCCGUAGGAUAUGCUAAACAUCCAGUGUACACACGUUCUGGCAGUUUAGUCAUUAGACAGGAUCCAACAAUUUCUAGUACAUCUAGUCACGAUUAUACCCAACAAGUGGGUAUUCCAGAAGAGACAGGACUACAUGGCGGAAGUGAUGUAGCAGUAUAUGCCAAAGGUCCAAUGGGACAUUUGUUUCACUCUAUUCACGAACAAAAUUAUAUUGCUCAUGCAAUAGCAUACGCAGCAAAAAUUGGUGCUUACCGAAGUGAACAAUUACAAUUAGUGAACCAAUCUAAUAUACAUUUUUCAAACACUUACCUUAUUUGCAUAUUAAUUAUGUCAUUGUUGUAUUUUGAUUAAGUUACAAUAUUAUUAAGUUUGAUAAUAAUUUUAUUGUCUUCUAAAAUUCAUUGUUUUAUUUAUUAUUUUUAUA